AUGGACGCACGGAUAUUUAGGACGCUACCUCGAGCCUCGGGACACGACGUCUCCACCAUCAAAGGCAACCUCUCCCCCGACGACAAGCAGACGCUGGUCAACCUCCUCGCGUACUAUGUCGGCGCGGGAGAGGUGUAUUCGAACGAUGUAGGGAAGAAGAUUCGAAUAACCGAGGUAGACGUUCGAAAGACUGCGAGCGAUGAACCGACCUGGCAAUCCGAGAGCGUCUGCGAGAUCCUCGUCGAAAACCACAUGCUGAAUCCACACGGAGUUUUGCACGGCGGCUGUAUGGCGUAUUUGGUCGAUUUGUGUUCGUCUGUACCCAUCGUGGCGAUUGCGCUCGUAUCAGGCAGCGCCGGGGUUGGUUUCUCUCAGGCGAUGAACAUAAUAUGGCAUGCACCUGCCAAAGGUGGUACCACGCUAUCGAUCGUUGGUAAGAGCCUGAGCGUCGGCAAGAAUAUAUUGACGUGUCAAUGUGAAAUUUGGGAUAAGGAAAAGGGAAAGCUUCUGGCAACCGCGGUACAUUCAAAGGUCCAGCCCGAACCGAAGAACGCGCCGAGGUGCAAGCUAUGA